GAUGAACUCAAUAACGCUCAAAGAGCUGCUCAUUCUUGCCUUCCUACCACUUUACCAAUCCUUUGUGGCCAUCACAAUGCGACACAAGGACUACGAAUGCUGGCUCGAGGCGAUCCAGAGCGGCACGCAGGUGCAAGAGAAGCCGGUGCCGCUCGUGCGACGUCUAUCUGAUGGGUCUAGGCAUGGACGUGCUGCGUUGUCGCUCACGGCGGGCAUCAAAUACGUGCUCAAAUGGCGUCGCCUCCCAGCCUGGUCGCACCUGACACCCGACACGCAAGACCAGCUCGCGACCUGCUCCUGGACGACUUUGACAAUCAACGGCGAAGUACUGGGUGAAGGCCUAGUGUCUGAUGUCUCGCAUCAACGAGACCAGCCUACGCUGGAUCGCAUCGCCGCAUCCCCCGAAGUCAUGGGCCGUCCGCUCGUCUUCGAGCUAGAGGCCACGGGUACCGUUCCUCUACCCUUGGUCAUGCGCAACGGACGUCUGACAUUGACGCUUCAUCGCUCUCGAGAGGUGCUGCGGCGUGCGCUCAAAGGUCGAGCUCAUUCGGAUGUUGCUCAUCUAAUGCCGGCCUCGCGUGCAAGCCCUGUACAUGGCUCGCCUCCGCCUUCUGUCCCGCCGACGAUCUUCAACUGGUAUUUUGAGGUUGUACACCCGCAAGGCUACCAGCGACAGAGGUCAGGCAGCAACAAGCUCCGCCACAGCAUAUCGCUGACUCUCGCAAAGCUCAGUACUCUCAGCCUCCACAGUGCCAGCAAUCAUGGCAGCGCCAGAGGCUCGACGGUUUCUCAAGCAACCGACUACGGCGACCCGGAUGACCCUAGCCAUCGUCGUCCCGGCUCGCCAGAGACGCCAAAAGCCUCGAAGGCCGGUGAAGGAGAGGGUGAGACGCGCGAACGUGGAGCCUCGGAGAGCACCGUAGUGCCCACCCGACGUAGACGACCCAGUGCCAACUUGUCCAUUGAGAACGGCCGCUUGCUUGUGCUCUCGCUCGACCGAGACCCACUUAUCCGCCGCGACCUUCAAGGAUAUGAGACGCCUGUCUCCAGUCCGGUCGCAGGCAAGCGGACUUCGGCGCAACGUGAGAUACUUCGCCGCUCGAUAUCCAGCCCUAUGGAGGUGCCCACCUCUAUGCCGAGGCCGAGCCCGACCACACUGCAAAGCACGCGGCCUAUGGUCCCAUCGCAACCGCUUCGACCAUUCGUGGCUGCAGACUUACGCGACCAUAGUGACCCGCUCAGCUUCUCGACGCCCAGCAAUCCUGGCACCGGCACGACGAUCGCAACUACCAGCGGCAGCAGCGGGCAGCGUUUGUCCGGCACAAGCGGCGGUGUGCGCAGUCCUGUCGUGCGUAGCCCCGGAGGCCAAGCCGCCAUGACCUCGCCCACUUCGCUUCAGCGAGCGCACAGCGUCUCCUCUGCCAGUCCAAGCAGUCCUCUGGCUAGCUCCGCACUGAGUCCGCGAGCUAGCACCGCGGCGAAGCAUAUCCACUACGCCUCCAAUGUCAACCACUCGUCGCCUGUCGACCCACGUCGCUCCCAGCCUAGGGCAGAGCGAGCUCGAGCCGCGCUUGGCUACGUGCCGGGAAGGAAUCCACUUCUGGUUGCAGCAGAGGUGGCCACCACCGCCCGCAAGAAUUCAUUGCAGUCCAAUGAGAGAAGGAGCGCCGAUGUUGCUGUGCGCUCCGCUGCUUCUAUGGAUGGUCAUGGCUCUUAUCGGUCGCAACGAACGGCAGAUUCCAUGGGCCUACCUCAGAGAAAGGUCUCGAUGCCGGACAUGAUUAGCAGGUUGCGUAAAGCCAGCAUGGACUUAGUCCCCACGAAUGCAGCCUCCAACGUGCACACGACCCCCUCUUCGACUACAGGCCUUCAUCGUGUCAGGGCGGUGAGCCAGCCAGCACCUCCUCCGAUGUCUCUCUCCAUGCUGUUACGACCUGUCAAUCAGAGGAGAGGCAGCGACAAUGACAGUGCCGCGACUACGAGGACACGAGGCGGCACUGUUGUGCAAAAACCUUCGUGGGGUCAAAGCACGAUCUCGAUUGUACGAGCUUCGUCGCAAUCGGGCUCUGGACCUGUCUCACCUGGUGCAAGCACCUUCAACGAUCUUCCUCCUCCGCCACCCCCUCCCAAGCCCAAUUCUUACGCCUCACCUCGCGGCUCACGCCACUCCAGCAACCUCAGUGACGGCACGAUCGACCGUGCGCUUCGUCAAGUCUACGAUGAACUGGCUGAUCGAGGCCGAUUCAACGACACCGACUCUGUCGUCUCCAGCCCGUCGACUUACGGCGGUCUUCUACCUCCUAUCAAUGGCGGCUCGAGGCGACCAAAGGCCGCCGGUGACUCGCGUCCCGUCACGAGCGGCAUCGGCGGAGCCACAUCGCCCUCGAGCAGCGCACGUCCUCUUUCGUGGGUCGUCGACGGGCAAGGUGAUGAUCGAAGGCGCAGCACAUCAUCAACGACAGUCGAUGCACCUCUUGUCAGCAAUGGUUUCUUGUCUCAACCUACCGCUACCUCGAUCGACGGUGAUGCGGACGACGAAGGAACAGACGAUCACAGAGCCAUUGAUGAGCAAUCUGCUCACUCAACUUCCGCGAGUAGCGGUGCCCUCACUCCAAGCUUCUCGCGGGUCGUUGCUCCUCUUCUCACGCCAGUGACCGAGACGCUCGAGGAGUCAAACGCGAUGGACCGCAACUCCCUUCGCGGAAGCAUGAUUGCACUUGGCAGCCCAGCAACCGCUCCUGGGGCCUGGCAGCAGGCUCAUGGACUCGGUAUCACGUCACCAUUGACCUCGAUCGACGCGUCGCACCAGCAGCAGCAGCCUUCUCUGCCGGAGAGGGAGUCGAGUCUCGCCCGCAUGAGGAAGAGAGCGACCAGUCUCAAGGAUCGCUCUGUUGUCUCUGUUGAGGAGCUCGAGGAGCGAUUGAAGGACGAGGGCGUAGCUCCAGAUGCAGCUGAUGACAUGUCUGUCGCGGACGGUGAAGCGGCUCAUGCCCAGGCCUCGCGACCGGCGCAUGACAAUCGCAUGCUGUCCUCCAGCACCUUCGGCGCCACCUCAUCACCCGUACGGCCCAUCUCACCUGCACCAAAUCGGGUCGACCCCGCUCUCUCUGCCUCUCAUUCGCAGCAAGGAUCCUCGUCCUCCUCCUCAUCUACCGCGCUCCUUUCGCUCCUUGCUGAGCUCCACAAGCUCAAAGAGCGGGAGACCGAGCUCCUCGCCCAACUCAACGGCCGAGAGGAUGAGGCGCACGAAGAGCUGCAGACGGAGCUGCGCAAGCAGGCGGAGAGGGUCAAGAGAUUGUCUGGUGAUGUGAAGACGACCGUCGAGAAGAGGCAGAGGGAGAGAGCUUCCCUGAUCCAGCAGCAGCACGAGCACUCCCAGCCAUCGCCGGUUGUGGAGAAGGAGAUGGAGCCGAUGCUGCCAGAUGAGCCCAGCGGCGGCCAUGAAUCGAUAGACAAUGCUUCGCACAUGGCCACGCCCUCCGCCAGCCUGACGGAGCGCGAUACCUCAACUGAGACGGCCCCUUCAGAAGGCAGUGCCGAUACUGUCCCGACCUUCGACACCAAUCCUGUCCUCACGCCGACCUUUGGUACUCAACCGCCUCAGCAAGCACAGACACCUCCUCGUUCCCGCCCGCAGCUUCAGUCUCAACGAGAGGAGCUGUCUCUCGAACUCGUCAAGCAGAUGCGCCCAAGUAGGCAUCGGCGCAUCAGUUCGGACAAGAUCGGCAGCGGUGGCGGCAAUGGCGGUGAUCUAGGAUCUUGCUCCUCUAUGGCCUCCUCAGCAGCGCUGAAGAGUAGCGGCCCGACCACACCUACGACGGCCGUAGCUCCCAAACCAGAAGUCGACGGAACUCCAGCAGGAGCGAUGAGAGACGGUGGUGGUCAAGCAGACUCGCAAGCCUCGGCGGUCCGCGACAAGUUUGAGGCCAAGGCCCGUGAUGCUUCAGUCGACCGACCGUACGUAGGCAAGACCAAGUCCAGCGAGACCUCGAAGACACCGACGGGAGCUCGUGUAUCUCCUUCGCAGUCGCGAGCUCCCUCGACCACACCACUGUCCUCACCCGCUGCGCCAUACAAGCGCGGUGAAGCAGCUUCUUCCACAACAGUGGACGAAGCACUUGCGUCUGCCUCUCCUCUCGCAUCGCCUCGCACGCCACCUGCUCCACCCACCACUCAGCCCCGUCCAGCUAUCUCUGCCCUGGUGGGCCACCUGCGUCACGCACCCUCAUCAUCGAGCGCGACUUCCAAGUGGUCGCAGCCCUCUUGGUCUGCGCCUACUGCUGCGACUAGUGAGCCAGAGGUGGGCACGCCCAGUGCGAUUGCUAGUAGUGGAGCCUUGAGUUCUGGCGCGGGACGCAUUGAGAGACACGAUGAUGAAAAGGCCGGAGAAGAGGAGGAGACGGCAGAAAAGGAGGAGAGCGUAAAGUCCACGGAUGGGCAGGGGAAGGAGAAGAGCGCUGAGCCAACGGACGUGAAGCGGGAGUCAAAGACCGUCUCGCAGACGGUGGAGUCAGCCACGCCAACCAAGAGAGGAUCUUCUUCGUCUUCUACGGCCAAGCCUCGAGCAUCGAUCGAUUCCUUUUUCCAGGACGACGAGCUGGAGGAUGUUGACGACCUCAUUGACGAAGCGUCCCAUGACGCCGACGGUGACGAUGUAGAAGACAAGGAGAAGGCAAAAGAGAGCUUCAGGAAUCUGGUGCAGGAGCAGAAGCAUCAGUACGCGGAGCACAAGGGGAUGACGGGAAACGGCAGUAAGCGGACCAGCCAAUCCCGACCAGAGAGGAAUGGCGCUUCUGCUGAGGGAUCGACGAGCUUGCAGACGAAUUGGACCUGAAAGGGAGAAGGAGAAAUUCGCAGUGCCAUGUUAUACCCGUAGCGAAGGAUUGUCUACUGUUUCCCUUCUUCAUAUCCGUUGUUCAGUGAAUAUCUUGCAUUGCCGU